AUGGGGGCUUGGAGGAGUAAUAGGGACGCAAGCGCUAUGUGGACCACGACUGCGCAGUGCAUUAGGGAAGCCACGAGAGAGGUAUUAAGGGUCUUAAAGGGUUACUCCUGUGGUAUUAAGGGAGACUGGUGGUGGAAUGGAGAGGUGCAAGGAAAAGUGGAAACUAAGAAAGCGGCGUAUCUGAAGCUAGUGGAAAGUGUAGACGAGGAGGAGAAGAGGGCGAAUAGGGAGCAAUAUAAGUUGGCUAAGAAAGAGGCGAAGCUAGUAGUUACGGCCAAGACUGCAACUUUUUGUUGUUUGUAUGAGGAACUCGAGGGCCGAGGUUGGGAUAAGAGGUUGUUCAGGUUAGCCAAGGCGCGAGAAAGGAAGGCUCGUGACUUGGACCAAGUGAAGUGCAUCAAGGACGAAGAAGGUAGAGUUUUGUUGGAUGAGGGGCUUAUCCGUCGGAGAUGUCAUACCUACUUCCAUAGUCUCUUGAACGAGAAGGGUGACAGGAGCAUUAUACUUGGUAAUUUGGAACUCUCCGGGAGUCAUUGUGACUUUGGGCAUUAUAGGCGGAUUAGAGUUGAUGAGAUUGAGGGGGCUAUGCGUAACAAGAGCAGGGGCAAAGUGACCGAGCCGGAUGAAAUCCCGAUAGAGUUUUGGAGGAGUGGGGGCAAGGCGGGAUUGGAGUGGCUCACUAGGUUAUUUAAUAUCAGUUUUAGAACGAAGAGGGUUCUCGAAGAGUGGAGGUGGAGCACGAUGGUUCCUGUAUACAAGAACAAGGGUGAUAUCCAAAAUUGCAAUAACUAUUGGGGUAUCAAGCUGUUUAUCCAUACUAUGAAAGUCUGGGAGAGAGUGGUAAAGCUAAGGGUGAGGAGGAGUGUGUCUAUUUCUGAGAACCAGUUCGGGUUUAUGCUGGGGCGUUCGACUACAGAAGCCAUCCACCUUAUAAGGAGAUUGAUGGAACAAUAUAGGGAGAGGGAGAGGACUUGCAUAUGGUGUUCAUCGACUUAG